AUGUCGGCGAAGAUCGUGACAGUGGGCUCCUACAGGCUUGGCGUGGUGCAGCCUGGCAGCGACAUAGACACCCUUUGCAUCGCCCCGCCUCAUGUGACGCGGGAGGCCUUCUUCACUGUCUUCCUGAAGAAGCUGGAGCAGAAUCCACAUGUGUCGGACUGCGUCCCCAUUCCGGGCGCGUACACUCCGAUCAUCAAGCUGAAGCUUAGGGGUGUCAGCAUUGAUCUGCUGUUCGCUCGCUUGGUGAGGUCCCUGGAUGAUGGGAAAGAUCUGGAGGAAGCAGUGAAAGAUGACGAAGUGCUGCGGGAUAUGGAUGACAAGAGUGUCCGGUGCAUCAACGGCUACCGAGUCGCCGAUAGGAUCUUGCAGCUGGUGCCGAACCAGGAUGCCUUUCGAGAGACGCUUCGCUUCGUCAAGUGUUGGGCCAAGAGGCGAGGUAUAUACUCCAACGUUUUGGGCUUUUUUGGUGGCAUUACCUGGGCAUUGUUGGUAGCCCGGGUUUGUCAACUUUACCCCAACUACUGCUUCAGCCAGCUCGUUAAUCGGUUCUUUCGAACCUAUGACCAGUGGAAUUGGUCGAAGCCAGUCGUGCUUUGUGAGAUCGUGGAGAGCGUGGCCGGAAUUGUGGGCCAAAAGCCCUGGAAUCCGAAGACAAGUCUUGCCGACAAGCAGCACCUGAUGCCAGUCAUCACCCCGGCUUUUCCGGCAAUGAACUCCACGCAUAAUGUCACAGACACCACGAAGCGGAUUCUCCUUGACGAGUUUCGGCGAGGAUACGAGGUAGUGAAAAAGGUAGAAAACAACAAGGCUGACUGGAAGGAAGUUCACAACCCCUUCCCGUUCUUCAGCAACGAUCCCUUCAAGCAUUACCUCUGCUUGGAAGUGCUCGCCAAGAGCGCAGAGGCACAUGUCAAGUUCUGUGGCUGGGUCGAGAGCAAGCUGCGGAUUCUCCACAAGACCCUGGAGGGUGCAGUUUCCGGGAUGAUGAUCCAUCCGAACCCGGAGCAGUACGAGCUGAGGAGUGCCGACACUGAAUGGGAAUGGGGUUGCGGCAUGUUCAUAGAGCUGGCUUUCCUGGGCGACCAGGGCUCUUACGUGGGUCAGACGGUGGACCUGAGGCCAUCCCUUCAUCAGUUCGCCGAAGUGGUCUCCACGUGGGCAGAGAAGGAGACCUACAACUCCGAGUUCAAGCUCAAGCUGAAAACAGUCAAGAGGACACGUCUUCCGGAGUAUGCGCUGAAGGCAGAGGCGGCGAAGAGGUCUCGCCAGCACAAAGGAUGA